AUGAAAACCCCAAACCUGUACACAGGAACGUUGAGAUCUUUAACACUUGUUGUGUUUGUUCCCAGUGUUCUACAGAAGGCAGGAGACAGAAGAGAGAAGAACAUCAUCACAGCUACAGGACACGACCCAGAAACCACUGCUGCAGAUGAAUUCCAGAAGAAGUUCAAGUUCCAUCUGAUGAAGAAGUUUCAGUGUUUGAAUGGAUUGAUGCUAAAGCAGGAAAACCGAACACUCCUGAAUGAGAUCUACACAGAGCUCUACAUCACAGAGGGAGACAGUGGAGACAUCAAUAAAGAACAUGAGGUGAAACAGAUCGAGGCAGCAUCCAGGAGGUUCCCAACUGAGGACACACCAAUUAAAUGCAGUGACAUCUUUAAUCCCCUACCCGAACAAGAUGAAUUCACCAGGAACGUUCUGACAAAGGGAGUAGCUGGAAUUGGAAAAACAGUCUCUGUGCAGAAGUUUGUUCUGGACUGGGCUGAAGGGAAAACAAAUCAGGACAUCCACCUCAUAUUUCCACUUCCUUUCAGAGAGCUGAAUUUGAUGAAGGAGCAGAAACUGAGUCUGGUGGAGCUCCUUCAUGUGUUUUUUAAGGAGAUGAAAGAAAUGGACAUUUCCAGGUUGGAGAAGGUUUUGUUCAUUUUUGAUGGUUUGGAUGAAUGUCGUUUUCCUCUGGAUUUCCAGAAGACAGUAAGAGUGUGUGAUGUAACUGAAUCAGCACCAGUGCAUGUGCUGCUGAUAAACCUGAUCAAAGGGAACCUGCUUCCCUCUGCUCUCAUCUGGAUCACCUCCAGACCAGCAGCAGCUGAUCAAAUCCCCUCUGAGUGUGUCCAUCGAGUCACAGAGGUACGAGGGUUCAGACCCUCAGAAGGAGGAGUACUUCAGGAAGAGGAUCAGUGA